AUGCGACCAGAAGAGAUUGAGAGCAUAUUGAAGCGGUUAGAAAAUGGUGAAAUUUCGAAAGACGAUUCCACCGACAAUGAAGAUGACAUAGACUAUUAUUCGAGCCAAAGAGAUCGUCUGAUGGAGCUAGAAGAUGAAGAGGAUGUAGGUAAUUUUCCCAUUGACCCAAACUUGGAUGCAGAUCCACCUGCAGCAAACGUAGAUACCGACAUGCAACAUAAUUUAGAGACUGUUAAACGAAGCCCAACUCCUACAACCAGCAGCCAGAACAACCUGCAAACUGCACCUUUCAACUCUAGAAACUUAGUGUGGAGAGUAAAGGAUAUGGACAUAGUCCAAAAUGCUUUCCAGUUUGCUGGAAACACUUAG